AUGCGACAGUUGAGUGAGUUUGAGGACCACGGUAUGUCGGCGCAGGGAAUUCGCCCUUGCGUGAAAAUCAUACGCCGAAUUUCUCAGUAUGGGUGAGAACCUAUGAUGAGUUUUGCUCUCGCAAUGUCUCCUACAAGUCUGGUAAUGAUACAUAUUGUAAUGUGGUUAGCGGAAGACUGCAGCGGAAUACUUGACGUCGACUUUUCAGCAGCUUUUAUGACCACAAAGGAAGAAUGCGGUUUGAGCGAAGAACGCAGAGCCGAUCUCAGGACGUAUUCUAGAGAGAAAAAGCUCGUCAUGCUCACUACACAAACGUUUCGACCUGAAGAGGACUGCGAGAAGUUGAUUUCCUUGCUACGAACGUUCGAGAAAGAACAACAGAACACCUUCGCACCUCCUGUCAGCGUACUCCAAGACGUCGCCAUCACACUCAGGACACAGUGCUCCAGAGUUGUUCCCCUCUGUAAUAGAAUCGCAAUGUUUUAUGCGAUGGUUUUGUUGUUGAUUCAACUUUAG